AUGGUUGGAACACAGGCUAACGACUUUAACGUCGCCAUUGUCGGUGCCGGGAUUGGAGGCCUCGCACUGGCCAUGGGGCUACACAAGAAAGGAAUACCAUUUAUACUCUAUGAAGAAGCGAAAGAGUAUUCUGCUGUGGGUGCUGGCAUAGGCUUCGCUCCUAACGGCCUGAGGGCGAUGGAUCUAAUCGAGCCUAGCUUCCGACCCUUGUAUGAGAAGAUUUGCGUUGGAAACAAACGUGCCGAUGCUCAGGACGUUUUCUUUGAGGGCAUGCUUCUCGAAAACGGUCUCGGCCAAAAUCAACCGUGGUACGGCAAGUCAGCGUGGGGUCACCCUGAUUUCAAUCGUAAAUCGGCACACCGCAAGACGCUGCUUGAGAUCAUGACCAGCUUUAUUCCAAUUGAGAAUGUCCGGUUUAGCAAGCGUCUUGUCGAUAUCGAGCAGCAUCAGUCCAAGGUCAUCCUCAUAUUUGCAGAUGGGGCUGUCGCGGAAACCAGUGUCCUUGUUGGCGCUGAUGGGAUAAAGAGUACAGUGCGCGAGCACGUGUUGAAACCGCAGUUCCCCAACGAAGUCGCUCCUGUUUAUGCAAAUGCAUAUUGCUACAGAGCUGUUAUCCCGAUAGCUGAUGCAGAGGCCAUCCUUGGAGAUCUCACCGAUGUCGCUAAGUUCUACUUUGGUUACAAACGCAGCGCUGUUACUUAUCGAAUUUCGGAAGGACAGGCGCAGGAGUUCAACUAUCUUCUAUGCGUGACGGACGAACAAAGGUGGAGGCUCAACGAGUCUGUAACAGAAAGAGUCUCACAUGAAGCCAUGAUGGCUGAUUUUGAAGGGCCGGGGGCUGACGACCGCUUCCGACAAUUGUUAACCAUGGCCGACCCUAUUCGGUGGGGAUUCUUCCAUCAUCCGAAAACCUCCACGUACUAUCGUGGCCGCGUGGCGCUUUUGGGCGACAACGCCCAUGCGUCUCUACCAUUCCAGGCUGCGGGUGCUGCUCAAGGCUUAGAGGAUGCCUUGGUUCUGUCGAAUGUACUAACUGAGAUUGCCAAAAUGUCUAAAGGAGAUGAGGUCUUACAACCAGAGAUUAUCGCAGGUUUGAAUGAGUACGAUUUGGUGCGACGACCACGUGCUCAGAAGCAGCUGGAACAGGCUGCAGAGGUGGCACGCAUGAUCUUCUUCCAGCAUGAGGAGGUGGGAGACGAUAUGAACAAGAUUCUUCCCAUGCUGCAACAAGGUCGGUUCAAUUGGUUAUGGUUCCAUGAUAUCCAAGAAGAUGUGGACAAAGCUUUGUCCAGGAUUCAAAUGGCGGCGUCAGAGCGUGGACCCAUCAAAGCAGCUAUGUAA